UUUAGUUAUAAUCUAUAGUUAAUCAAAAUGGCUACUACUUUAAAACCAGAAACUUUAGUUAAAAAGUCCAAGGCUGAUCAAAAGACUGCCGAAGAACGUGCUGCCGCCAAGGUUGCUAGAAAAGCUGCUAACCAAGAAAAGAGAAAGGUUAUCUUUGACAGAGCUGCUGCUUACCAAAAGGAAUACACUGAAGCUGAAAGAUCAGUUAUUCAAGCUAAGAGAGAUGCUAAAGCUGCUGGUUCUUACUAUGUUGCUGCUCAACCAAAAUUAGUUUUCAUUGUUAGAAUUAAGGGUAUUAACAAGAUCCCACCUAAGCCAAGAAAGGUUUUACAAUUAUUAAGAUUAACUCAAAUCAAUGCUGGUGUUUUCGUUAGAUUAACCAAGGCUACUUCUGAAUUAAUCAAAUUAGCUGAACCAUACAUUGCUUACGGUUACCCAUCUUUAGCUACCAUUAGACACUUAGUUUACAAGAGAGGUUUCGGUAAGGUUAACAAGCAAAGAAUUGCUUUAUCUGACAAUGCUGUUAUUGAAGCUGCUUUAGGUAAAUUCAACAUCUUAUCUAUUGAAGAUUUGAUUCACGAAAUUUACACUGUUGGUCCAAACUUCAAGCAAGUUAACAACUUCUUAUGGCCAUUCAAAUUAUCUAACCCUAACGGUGGUUUCAGAACUAGAAAGUUCGAACACUUUAUCCAAGGGGGUGACACCGGUAACAGAGAAGAAUUCAUUAACGCUUUAGUUAAACAAAUGAACUAAGUUAAUUGUCGUUAUUGAUUUCUUUUUAUUUACAUUACCUUUUGUUUAUUAGAAUUAGUUUUUUAUAAUUCUUUUCUAAUCCUAACUAACAUUCUUGUAUUGGAAACCGGUUGUAUUUAAAAAAGAAUAUUUUCUUGUAUAAUAAUAAAUAUCCUUAUUUUUAAUAUAAUUAUGUUUUCAUUUCUUUAUUUUAAUUAAUUAUUUUUGUAUAUUAUAGGUCAGGUUAUUUAAUGAAAAAGAAUUAAAUUAUAAGUCAUAAAUUAUAAAUUAUAAAUUAUAAAUUAUAAAU